GUUCUAUAGGGGAAGUUGCGAGAGAAAAGAAAGGAGGAGACUUGAUCGGGGUCAGUAAAAUUCGCACCAACCGACCCCAAUAACAAGGAAAGUAUUUAUCACAUAUUAGCACCCCUUCGCCGGAAAUCGGUUUACCCGACCUGUCGGCUGGCAUUGAGCCAGUACUGGGACAGCUCUGAGUGUGUGUGACCACCUAAAGGAGACGGGGUGAUUGACAACUGUCAUGGCCAAUAGGGGAGGAGCAACACGCCCCAACGGGUCCAACGCGGGCAAUAAGAUAUGCCAGUUCAAACUGGUAUUGCUAGGCGAGUCUGCUGUGGGAAAGUCCAGCCUUGUGCUGCGCUUCGUCAAGGGGCAGUUUCACGAGUUUCAGGAGAGCACAAUAGGAGCGGCCUUCCUAACACAGACAGUGUGCUUGGAUGACACAACAGUGAAGUUCGAGAUUUGGGACACAGCCGGACAGGAGCGCUACCACAGUUUGGCCCCCAUGUACUACAGAGGUGCCCAGGCUGCCAUUGUAGUUUACGACAUCACCAAUGAGGAGUCGUUUGCAAGAGCAAAGAACUGGGUUAAGGAGCUUCAGAGGCAGGCCAGCCCAAACAUUGUCAUCGCACUGUCCGGAAACAAGGCUGACCUUGCCAACAAGAGAGCUGUGGACUUCCAGGAUGCUCAGUCUUAUGCAGAUGACAACAGCUUGCUGUUCAUGGAGACAUCAGCAAAGACUUCCAUGAACGUGAAUGAGAUCUUCAUGGCCAUUGCAAAAAGGUUGCCUAAGAGUGAGCCCCAAGCUGCCGGAGCCAACAGUGGGCGGAGCAGGGGUGUGGACCUCACAGAGACAGCCCAACCCACUAAGGCCCCCUGCUGCAGCAACUAAUGCAAAAAAAAUCUCCCCUCACCAAACUCUGUUACUUCUACAACUAACGCAAGGUCCCGCCCUUCAACUUGGUUUUGACUAACUAAUGAAAUGCCUCUGCUUUCCACAUUUCCACAGUUCUCUUAUGCUGUAACAAAUGCUCUGCCCCGCCCAUGUAUCUGCGGUGUUUUUGUUUUGUCGUAUUCUGUAAAGACCCAGGCCUCUUACUGUAUUCAUGCUUUAGACAUGCCUUGUCUCCAAACUGUUAUAUAUGCUGUCACAGAUAUCCAUCAGAAAAAAAAUUCUACAAAUGCCAUUUGCCUGACCAGGAUAAAGGGGGUGAGGCCUCUGCAAGGCCUUCUGCAUAAUUCAGAACUCUACAGUCUCUUCGUUUCUCUUCUGUUUCACCUUUAUGAUUUUGUUUUAUAGAAAUAUUCUUUACAAAAUAAUGGAUGCAUGUAUCACUACAAAGCCUAAAAACGGUAAAUCAGCAUUUUAACCUUAUCCAAUUGCACACAUGGUUAGACUAUUUGGAUUUAACGAAUUACUCUGCCCCUUACUCCACCCUGUCUCAAUUCCCUGCUCUUGCUCUUUCUUUGGCCUGCCUGGCUCUGAAUGUCUCCGCAACACUGAGCAGUGGCAGACUGCCCACUUCCUGAGGCUCUGCUGCCAACAGAAAGCCCACCUCCUCCUUUAACUCACACACAAGUCCAAGAUCCUGCCCCCUUGUUUUUCUCUCACCAGUUAGCAAGCCUUCCUUUUUUUUUGUUUUUUUCUGAAUUACUGGCACCGUCCUUACAAAUGAGUAUGUUGCUGCACUUGCACGCAAGAGCAUAAAAGGCACAAGAACGUGACAUUCAUUUAGUUGUCUCUCUCUUGUACAGCAUACAAUGUUAGAAAUUCUCCCUCCACAAACAUGCACCAAACAUUUUAACUUUUUCUGGUAUCUCACCCAGGUGUUUCUUACUCCAUGCCUUGCACUAAUUUUUGGUCUUGAAAUUAUCUCUUGCAAGUACAGCCAGAGUGAUAUAAAUAUAUAUAAAUAAUUUUCUGUAAAUAGGGUGUUGCAAUGUAUUCGUCUUUUCCAUUUACUGUUGCAGAACUAAUGCUUGAUAGGGAGUUAGAUAAUCAUUAAAAAUUGUACAGUAACCAGGAAUUGCUUUGAUAGGGGUUUGGAGUUGUUUCUUAUUUUUUUUUUUUUUUUUUUUUUCACAAAAUGAUUAAAUUAUAAUCUUGGUGGUCUUAAAAAAAUGUAUGUAGUGUUAUUAACAAAAACAAAAAAAAAAAAAAAAAAAACAUGCUUUUCUUUAGUGGUCUGUUUUGUAAUUUCCAUAAAAAAGCAAAAAACUUUCACAAUGUUUUUGUCACUGGUAGAACUAACAGUGUACACAUCAAGAGAUUAUUAUGGUUCUUCCUCUGCUUGUUCCAGUAUCAGACAACAGCCACUUUUAACAUUCUCUCAGUCUUCUACCCUUCAUGAUACUGGUACCACAUAAAUUUGCUGCUACAUUUGUCUUUUGUUUUAAAGAGUUCCCCUUUGAGGGAAAAAAAAAAAAAAAAAAAAAAUGCAGUUACCUAAAUAUUACUGUUAAUGUAUCAAAUAAAUUUCUUAUAAAUGGUA